AUGUCGCUACAGGCCAAAUACGAGCAGUUCCUGAACAGUUCCAGCACGUCGGCGCUGACAGACACUGCAUCGAUCAACUACAUCACAACACUUACGACGAUAAACGGUGCCGUGCCAAUCUCGAAGCACCUUUCAGCACAGGCGAAACAGGUCAAGAAAACGCGAGAGAAGGUGUUGAGUGCAUUGGAGAGCGCCGACAGCUUAUGUCUCGAUGUGGAGACUACUCUAGAAUUCUUGACUGGUGGAGGGGCUUUUCUUCCCGGCCUCGACGACAACUUUCUGUCUGACCGAACGGCCACUUUUCCAGUGGUGCACAUUGUGAAGUUCGACGCAGACGAGAGGAUUCGUCAAAUCAGGCUCUAUUGGGACCAAGGCUCACUGCUCAAACAAGUUGACGUAAUUGGCGCUCGCGCUCGCAACUGGCCUAUACGCGACGGCAAGGACCAGGCACGUCUCAUUGAGUCCAGCGCUUCGUCUACAGGCGGACCAGCCUCGGCCGCGUCUGGACGUCCCAAAACGAGUUCCCAGGCCCAAAAUGGAGCCACUAGCUCCGGCAGACCUCACUCCAACAGCAACAUCAGCGCUACCGGCGAUCCUCACGCCAGCCUCUCGCUCUCUCAAUCUCACCCGAUUAGCCGAGAGAACAGCUUUCCCAGCACCAUUGCGCCCCGUGCCUCGGCCAAACCUCCACCACGCGAAUACGGCGAGCUCUUCGCUGGCGAAGAGACUGCUCAGUCUCCCAGCUCUGCCUUGCUUAGCCCGUCACCCACCAAAUCCGCCCACGGCGUCAAGGCCAAAGGCGGCGCAGGCAAAAACUUCCAGCCCAACCGGCUCUUCGACGAGAACGAGCCGGGCACACCGACGAAGUCGCCGGAGAAGCUCAAGAAGGCGGAUCCGAACAAGUACAAGCACUUCGAGUUUAGCUAUGCAGCGGACACGACGACCAAGUCCAAGUCUGAGGCCAAGGGCGGCACGAGAGGAAACAAGCAUGAGUCAAAUUGGGGUUUCGAGAGUUUCGUCACGCCCGAGAAGGCCCCCGCUAAGACUACUGGACGAGAAGUGAGCCACUUUGGGUGGUCCGACGACGAGGGCGAGAAGUCACCGGUUCACCGCCCGAUAGUGCACGCCGCCCGUCCAUCUGCCGAAUCCCGCCACUUCGAAUUCACCGACGACGGCACGCCCAAGGCUGACAGACCUGCCCCUUCCAAGGCUGGUAACCUCUCCAACAAGGGCAUGGACCUAUACCAAGACCACGUGAUCGGCAAUGAGGACUCCGCUGCACCAGGCAGUAAGAACGGCAACCAGCAGCUCAAAGACGUCACAACGGACAGGAACAACGAGAACCGCCGCAAGAACUUCGACAGCCAGUUUGAAAUGACGGACGACUCGCCAUCCCUGCCCAGCGACAAGAAAGCCGAUGGGGCGGAGAACGGCCAGAAGAUCAGGAUCGCAGGUAACGGUAUGGGCGCCCGCAAGAACCUCGAGAGCCACUGGGGUCUCUUCGAGCAAGGCCCGGAUCCAGCGGCGAACAGAGGCAUCAAGACCGCCAAUGAUGGGAUGGGUGGACGGAAGGGGAGUGGCAGGACUUGGGGCUUUGGCGAUGACAGCGAUGAGGAGGCGGGAAAGUUCGAAGGCUUCCAGGGCCAUGGGAGGAAGCGGGCGCCUGCGCAGCCGCAGAAGGACUUUUGGGACUUCUAG